AUGAGUCCAAGCACCUUGAAAAUCAAACAAAUGGCCCUUGCUAGGUUGAUCAAGGAAGAGAAGCUUUACAAGCAAGAAUUGGAAGAACAACAAGCGCUUGUCAGCCAGCUAAAGAAUGACGCCAACGCUGACAAAUAUAGCUUGAAGACCCAGAUUCAAAUCUUAGAAGAGAGUGAAAAAAUGAUCCCAGCUAUUCAUCUCAAAGUCAAGGAUCACUUGAAUGACUUAAAAGCUUUUUUGGAGAAAUAUGAUGGUACUGAACCUACUGAAGAGGCAAAGAAGGCCAUUGAAGAUGCUGAAAAAUUGUUCUAA